UGUUCGUGGCGCGGGCCCUCGGCCUUCCCGGCCGUCCGUCUGCUCUCCGUGCUGAGAAUCAGGCGUCGGUGAAAGGGUUCGCGUGUUUGUGGCGGAGGGUGGUUAAUUUACUGUGUACGUGUGUUGAGUCAGCGUCCGAAGCUUUUUUUCUCGAGAAGAAAAGGCAUCUAUUGAGCGCCUCUGGUCGUUUGUCGUGUAGAGAUGCUGUGAAGCUCCCGGGCUGACCGUGGGGGCCCGUCUGGGUCUUUGGAUCCAUCCUCAGGGCGCUUGGUGUAUGUGAGGGGCACUAAAAUACCGCCUAACGGCUUUAAAGAAUCUUAUUGCUGGUCGUGUGACUCUGGAAAUGUUUAUUGAGUUGUAGCAGGUCAUAGCAUCAUAGGAAAAUCUGAUGGGUUUUUCUAAUUUAUCCGGUUAGAAAUCUAAUCAGAUCUAAUAGGUGUAGAUGUUAUUGCAACACAGAAAAAAUGAGACAUUCUUUGUGGAAACGAAGCAAUAAAGUUUUAUCAUUUAGCAAAACGUAAGCUCGUUGACAGCGCACAAGUCACGUCUGUUUCUGAGAGCUGCAGAUCAGCCUCUCAACAAAUUAAUGUUUAGCCUUUAAAAUUCCUUUAGGGGAAGAUUUUACAACAUCCGACUUGUUUGGGUCUGGUUAUUUAAUAUUAGGCCAUAUUGUAAAAAAUCUAAAUAUGAGCAUUUUAUUGAAAACUUGGUGAGUCCAAGGUUCAAACUUAGCGCAUUAUAGUGGAUUUGAGGUAAAUGUUGUUGUCUUUUAUAUGGAGACUUGAUUUAUCCCUCUUGUCUUUAAUUUUAAUGGUUAAGUUUUAUAAUAUCAGUGGUAUUAAACCUGAAUGGCUGAAAGUUAUGCGUUUGAUUAUUUUGAAAUAUAAUAGAUGUAAAAAAGGGAAAGUGAAGAACAGUGUAUUGUAUUGCUGUUUGUGUAAAAGGAUAUACAGUGUGUUUAUGUAUAUAUGCUCCUAUAUGUGUGUGUGUAUAUAUAUACGUAAAUUGUAUGCUAUUAUACAUGUGCAGUUACGUGUGUGUACACAAACACAUAGGCUCCUAUAUGUGUGUGUAUAUAUACAUAAAUUGUAUGCUAUUAUACAUGUGCAUAUACGUGUGUGUACACAAACACAUGCUUAGGAGUUCUUUGGAAAUAUAUAUAAGAAGUUGGUUUACAUUGGUUGCCUCUAAGGAAGAGCAUGGGGGUCUGUAGUGGAAAUGAUAUUUAUCUUUCAUGCUGCUUAAAUUUUUCUAUGAACGAUUUCGUAAUUUUUUUUUAGAAAUUGACAUAAAUGACGGUAAUUUAUUUGAGAUGGCUGUUUUAUUCUGGGAAUUUCCAUGGUGGUGGCAGGCAGUCUGACGUAGCAUCAGAAUCACCCGCAGCCCCACUCCUGGUGGAGUCAGAUACACUGGGUACGCCAGGGGUUGGAAAAACCACGCUAGGCAAAGAACUUGCAUCAAGAUCAGGACUGAAAUACAUUAAUGUGGGUGAUUUAGCUCGAGAAGGACAGCUGUAUGAUGGCUAUGAUGAGGAGUAUGAUUGUCCCAUUUUAGAUGAAGAUAGAGUGGUUGAUGAGUUAGAAAACCAAAUGAGUGAAGGUGGAGUUAUUGUUGACUACCAUGGUUGUGAUUUCUUCCCUGAACGCUGGUUUCAUAUAGUUUUUGUGCUGAAAACAGAUAACAGUGUAUUGUACAAAAGACUUGAAACAAGGGGUUAUAAUGAGAAGAAGCUGAAAGACAAUAUUCAGUGUGAAAUUUUUCAAGUUCUUCAUGAAGAAGCAUUAGCAUCUUACAAGGAAGAAAUAGUGCAUCAGCUGCCCAGCAAUACCCCAGAAGAUCUGGAAGAUAAUAUCAAUCAGAUAUUGAAAUGGAUCGAGCAGUGGGUCAAAGAUCAUAGCUCUUGACUUCCAGGACUGGCCACUUUGCAGUUGCUCUUGAUGUCUCUGCCCACGUCGUAUGCAUUGUCCGAUUAUCAGUUAAGCUUUCCUAUUAAGCAGCACUGCAGGUCUGUUAGGUGGACGGUAUAAAGGUUUCUAACAAUCUCAAGUAUAAUGAAUAUAAUGUUGCUAAGGAUUGAGAGUAAAAGCUCAUUGUUUAAUGCUUCAAUUGCUAAAAAAUAAGUAAAUCUGACCAAAUGGGUGGAUAUCUUUAAGUUUAUUACAGAAGAAUAUGAAGAUGAUCUCUUAAAAUAAAGCUUGACUAAAGAUAAAGCA